UCAGGGUGACAACAGAGCGGAGAAGCAGGGCAGCCAUGGUGAGUCCCGGGCAGAAAGUGGUGCUGAUCACCGGCUGCUCCUCCGGUAUCGGUCUGAGGAUGGCCGUGAUGCUGGCCAAGGAUGAGCAGAAGCGCUAUCACGUCAUAGCAACGAUGCGUGACCUGAAACGUAAAGAUAAGCUGGUGGAAGCUGCCGGGGAUGCAUACGGGAAAACUCUUUCUCUGGCUGUACUGGACGUCUGCAACGAUGAGUCCGUCAAACAGUGUUUAAAUGGCAUUAAAGAUCGACACGUGGAUGUCCUCAUCAAUAACGCAGGUAUCGGACUAGUGGGUCCAAUAGAGAGCAUCCCCAUCGAAGAGAUGAAGAAAGUGUUUGAGACCAAUUUCUUUGGGGUGAUCCGCAUGAUAAAGGAGGUGAUGCCUGACAUGAAGAAGAGGAAAGGAGGACACAUCAUCGUGGUCAGCAGUGUGAUGGGACUGCAAGGUGUGGUGUUUAAUGACGUGUAUGCAGCUUCCAAGUUUGCUAUCGAGGGCUUCUGUGAGAGUUUGGCUGUGCAGCUCUUGAAGUUUAAUGUUACCUUGUCGCUGAUUGAGCCGGGCCCGGUGCGCACAGAAUUUGAGGCAAAGAUGAUAGAUGAUGUGAAGCAGAAGGAGUGUCCUGGAGCUGAUCCUGAUACGGUGCAUUACUUCAAGAACGUCUACCUUCCUUCUGCUAUCGACAUCUUUGAGACACUGGGACAAACGCCUGAUGACAUCGCCAGGUGUACCAAGAAAGUGAUUGAAGCAAGCAGGCCGCGCUUUCGUAAUCUGACCAACCCCUUGAUCACUCCCAUCGUAGCGCUGAAAUACGCUGACGAAACUGGAGGCCUGUCUGUCCAUGCCUUCUACCACAUGCUCUUUAACCUGGAACCUCUAAUGCGCGUCAGCAUGACUGUCAUGAAGUACCUCACCUGUGGAUGUCUGAGGAGCAGGACAGUUGCACCAAACUAGAAACUUAUAUCUUAUACACAAAUGUGAAACUCCAUGAGGAUGUAGACCACAAGCUACACUGGCUUAAAAACAGCUUCAAAGAGAUAAUCUUUUUUGAGCAGCCAUAUCUCCUUCUGUUCAUACAGUUAUCAAUUUUGUAAUGAACAGGCAUUUCU